GCAGACGUCUUCGCCCGCCUCCUCGGACACUCGCUGCUGUCAGAGGCCUGUUUGCUGCUGUCAGACGCCCGCGAGAGGUUUCCGAACGGUUGGUGAGCUGCGUGUGAACUAGAGGUGUAUUUGUCGACUGCGUGGGGUUUUCAGCCUGAUUGAGGUGACAGGAGGAAAAGGGCGCGUUGGAGACGGCUACGCGGGGACCCGGAGCGGCCGCGAGGAGGUCGUCCCGUCAGCUGAUUCGUAUAAACAGACGCCACAGCAUCCACGCGCAUCUCCUCUGAUUCCCCCGCUUUAUCUCGAGACCAUGUUGUGAUGCCGCAUCUCUCCACGUCCUUUGCUAUCCUCCUAUGUUUGUGCUCCGCGUGCAAUGCCCUCGGGUCCGAUCUGGGGCGAGACGUGAGCCCGGGGGAGGGAAAUGGCACGGCCGCCUUGCAACAUGCCCCUGCACCUGCACCUGCACCUGUUCCGGAGGGGGUUUUGGCAGGGGGUUCCUCUUGCAGCCCCGGAGAAGAUCUGGACCCUCAUGACAUGAAGUACUCAAUGAACAAGACUUACAAGAUCACCGUCAUUCCAAAUCGCACCGUCCUGCAGAUAGAAAUCACUGACAUCAGCUUCGAGGACACGGGAUUUCUUAUCGUACAAGCGCACUCACAGAUCCAGUACCUUAUUCUCAGUCAGAAUCCAAGCUUCGACUUGGAGGACAACUUCGUCAACAACACCGACCCCGGGAUAGUGGUCUUCAUGGAGGAGCCCACGGAUAGCCCCGGGACUACCAACGCGUCCGCGGCUACCCACACGACGGCGAGGGCAGCUACCACGACCACCAGGCGCGUCUACCUCGCCAACUGCCACUACAACAACGUGUCCGUGCUGUUCAUGGUCCGGAAUUACAGCAUGCAUGAGCCGGUGCCGGGGGGAUACUACCCGACGACCAGUGGGGAGCGGCCCCCCCACCUCCCGCAGCCGUUCCUGGUGGUGGAGCCCAACAUCCUGACGACGAAGGUGUCCUACCGCGCCGCCUCCUUCCCCUUGCACGAGCAGGAGCCGUACUACGAGGACCUCAAGUACGAGACCUUCCUCACCUACAUGUACGAGCGGGACCUGAGCGAGAGGAAGUACUGGGACAGCCUGAUAGCCACGAGCACGCUGGAGGACAUCCGGGCGAAGGCAGUGCGGGUCUCCGUCACGAAGAACAACGACACGGCGGAGUUGCUGGGCCACUGGUUCGUGUCCUACUCCGGCGUGGGGGCGGUGGUGAGCGUCAUCGUGUCCUACAACAACUCCGGCGGCGCUCUCUACUCCGCCGCCGUGUCCUACGGCUGUGACUUCAUCGACGCCGAGGAGUACCGCUGCACCAAGCUGGUGAAUCCCCUGGCCAAGCUGUUUUGCGCGUCGUUGCCCUUCAUUGGCGGCCUCCUCCUGCUCGUGGGGCAUCGCUGGCUGAACUUCACCAUGUUCACGUCGGGGUUCCUGUUCACCUGGUGCUUCCUGUUCAUGCUGUGCGCCCAGGACACCCACAGCAACAUCGACGCCCUGGGCUUAGGGACUUUGGUGGGAGCUCUGCUGGGGGGCGUCCUGUGGCUGAUCGCAUGGCACAGGUUCCAGCGCCCCUUCCACUCCUCCCUCCUGCUCAUCAUCAUGAACGUCAUCUUCGUCGGCAUGGUUGUGACUUACUUCCUGAGGUAUGCCAUCGUCCCGAGCUCCACAAACCUGGCAGCCUUUGUAGUGUUCCCCGUUUUCUUUGCCAUCGUCAUCAUCGCGUACUCCAUCAUUGACAUCAAGAAGGUGCACAUAUUCUCAUGUACAUUCCUAGGUUCUUAUGCAAUAGUGGUCCCAUUUGCAUUCUACUUUGGAUCAUCCCUGACGUACAUUGUCAUAAAUGUGAUUGCCCUGGACACUGUGGCGCACUACUCAGAGGCAAUCGGUUUCCCUCCAUUCGAAGUCUGUGAUAUCAUCUUACUCUGCCUGUGGGUCGUCCUCUUCAUCACGGGCAUGGCUUACCAGCUGUCCCGCGAGCGUUCAGGCCCCCCCUUCCACCCUCCGAGCCUGGCGUCCUGGAGAGCCACAAAGAAGAUGGCUAACUUCGUCUUCGAUAAGGUCUUCGCCUGCCUGCCCAUGGACCCUGACCCUGGAGGUGCGGGCAUCGAGGACCAGCCCACGUGGAGGCUCAGGCUGAGCUACUGCUUCAGGUUGGUGCGGCAGAAGGUCAGCUGCGGGAGGCGCGACGAGACAGAAUCGGGCUACGAGAGCUUCCAGAGGGUGCGGUCCAUGUCUCAGAGCGGCGACGAGCCCGACUCGGAGUUUUCCGCACCGUUGUUCACGAGGAUAAAGGAAAGGGUUGACGGGUGGAUCGAGAGAAUCCGCUCGCGCUUCAGGAGGGAGGACGAGGAAUUGCUGCAGCAGACGGAGGUUUUGCCAGAGAGGAGUGAGGACGAGGAGCAGCUGCAGGACGUGUCUGUCUCAUGCUGCAAUUUCCGGAAGAGUCAGGUGGUCCUCGACGAUGCUUACACUAUCAGUAAUGCCGAACAGGAGACGUGAAAAAAACCUCACUUAUGAUUUCCUUUUUUUUUUUCUCUCUCUCUCUCUCUCAUUUAUUCAUAAUUCUCCUUUUCUGUUUUGUUCCCUUUGGAAUUUUCCCCUUUUUUCAAUUACUUUUCCUUCACCGCGAUUCUCAAAUUAACUGUGCAGUAAUACAGUAUUUUAUGAUUAAUUGGUAAAUUGUAAUUGUAAGUGCACUGAUGCCAGAAAGGUCAAGACAGACAGGCAUUUCACAGCCCUGGUGCUUCUUCUCCAGUGAAGGUCUCAAUACAUCAAUUUUUUUUUAAGGUCAUAUGUUUUGUUAAUGUAUUAAUAAUAGAUUUUAAAAAUACCAUUUCCUUAUUUUUAGUAAUGAAGUUGAAUAUUUACUUGGUAAGGUUUGACUAUGAUAUUCUGAUCCAGUUUAAGAAAAAAAAAAAAAAAUUAAUGAUUUGCACAUCUUGCUUAAAACUUGCACCUUCAUUUCAAUAGAUGGCACAUAUUUUAUGAUGCUUUCCAUUUUGAAGUGUUGCUUCAAGUAUAAUUUCAUAAAUAUCUAAAUAUAGUGUUAAUCUCUACUUCUGAUCAUUUUGAACAGUGAAAUAUAACUCAGCUUUUUUGUGGGGGGAGGGGGGGGGGACCAGCAGUGACUAGGUUGUUUUCAUUUGAAUGCUUUUGAUAGUGAAUAUAUAGCAGCUGUGAUCUCUAUAAUAUUUAGUCAUUACCUUUCUGUUGUGCUAUUUUGGUACACUGUGUGCUAUUACGAAUUGCAUUUUAUGUUAGUAAAGAGUAUUGCUUAAUUACAGAUCUGUUAAUUUUUUUUAUGAGGUAGCUAUAUUUUUGCCCCAUCUUUACAUUACAUGGUGUACACUUUUUGAGUAUGAUUCAGCUCUUCAUGUGGUAGUGAUUAUUGGUCUAGAUUCUAUAUCGUUUUGAUACUUACAUUUAGACUAACUUUGGGGACUCUCUGUAUGGAUUUUAUACUUGGUGGGACAUUUUUUCAGUGGGUAGACAGUUGAAUAAACACUGAUUUUGGAUAAUUUUUGUCAUAUAAAAGAGAAAAGAAAAGAAAAAAAAAUAGAGAGACCUGUUAUAGCUCUUGCCUGUUUCAUGACUGAGAUUAACAUUUUGGAAAACCAAUGAUUUUUGAGACUGGUUUCUACUUCAUAGGAACGUUCCAUUGCAAGGUCACCAAACUAACUGGUGUAAGUGGCUUCUGAAAUUUCCAAUAAGUGGGAUAAAUACAAAGCGAAUGUGAAAUCUCCAACAUUCUUGAAUUCAGUCCUCCAGUUCUGUACAAAGUUGCAGUGGCUCUUGUAUAACAUGAAACCAUAGUUUCAACUUGGUCGUGAGUUUACUCAGGAAAUGAAUAGAGACGUUGUAAUAGUGUUGUUAGUUUAGGAAAUGCAAAAUUUAUAGAUCCUUCAUCACUUUCUCUCUCUUUGUUAUCCAUUUCUUCCCCAUUCAUCAGGUGUGUGGUGUGAUUGUCAGGUUGUAUGUGAGUGAGUGUGCUUGCACUUAUGAACAAUCACAGACUUCACUUUUCAUCCAGAGUUUAAAAUGUUAUCAAGUUUAAAAUAAGUGCUUUUGUGAUGAUCCCAAAGACCAUCUGUUGCUGUAAUUCUUGCCACGUGAAUAUUUAUCAACAUGAAAUUAUUGUUUAAAAAAAAGGAAAUAAAUAUAAUUACACAUUUAUUCUGUGAUAACUUUAAUAAUUGACAUGUUUAGGUUGUUGAUUUUGAAUUAUGCUGACUAUGCAGAUAUGUCACCCAAUUUACCUUCUUCUUCCAGUAGUUGUUCUAAUUGGAGAUACAGUUCCCUUUAAAAUGUCCUUUUUCUUCAUUCCUUUCCCAGUUUGCACAAUAAUGAAACACUAGAGUGCCUUUUGCAAUAUAUGACUUUGAUCUCAGCCGUAGGAAAGCGUGGUAUUAUUUGUAAUAGACAGCAAAUGUCCCCUUUAUCCUUGUUUACUCGGACGCUCUCGUAAACGUCUGGACUUCGAGGUUGUAGCCGGUGGUCACAAGAGACAGUGGGUGGUGCAGUAUCUCCAGUCUGGUCAGCAUAUAUUCUCAAACCUUGUGAUAAAGUGACUGCGUGACGAUAAGUACGAAGAUGUGCAAGCGUUUAUUCCGUUCAUGCAGGGUGUCUGUCCAUUUCAAUAGGUCAUUAUGAUUCAGAUGAAAAACUUAAUGUGCACAAUCAUCAGCCAUAAUCGGAGGUUCAGUGCAUCAGGAUGUCAAAAUUGAAGAAUAACCUGUUAUUCAUAAGUCUGUUAUGAAAAAGAACUAUACAUUUUCUAAUUUCAUUUUCACAUUCCAGUCCCUUUAUUACUAUUAUUAUCAUUAUUAUUACUAUUAUUAUCAUUAUUAUUAUUAUUAUUGUUAUUGUUAUUAUUAAUAUUAUUAUUAUUAUUAUUAUAAUUGUUAUUAUUGUUAUCAGUAUAAUUACUAUUGUUAUUAUUGUUAAUGUCAUUGCUGUUGUUAUUACUGUUUUUAUUGUUCUUAUUAUUAUCAUCAUUGUUAUUGUUAUUAUUAUUAUCAUCAUUAUUAUUGUUACUAUUAUUAUCAUCAUUAUUAUAGUUAUUAUAUCAUUAUUAUUAUUAUUAUUAUUAUUAUUAUUAUUACAGUAGUUAUUAUUAUUGUUAUCAUCAUCAUCAUUAUUAUGAUUAUUAUUAUCAUUAUCAUUAUUAUGAAAAAGACAAGAUUAUGACUGAUGGUUUGUGCUAAUGAUAUGUACUUUCCAUAAUGAUUUUGGUGCAUAAAUUUGGAAAUGUAAACUUAUUAAUCAUUAAUAUAUUUAUUUAUGCAUUUC